CACCGCUGCAGGGGCCGCCGCGGGGAUGCCGAGCGCGGGCACCACAGCUCUCCUCUGCGCGCUGCGCGGCUGAAGGCGCACAGGACUCAAUUACUGGAAUUGUCAACUCUACCAAUUUAUGUGCAUGUUUCUCUUCCACUAUGAGCAGACCAGUUGUAUUGCACAUUUGUCUGGCUUUCUGUAGCCUUCUACUUCUCAGCUUUGCCACACAAUGUCUGGCCUUCCCCAACGUGGAAAGAAGGGAGAUAGCACCUGUUCAUGAAGAUAAAGGGCAGUCUGAGAGGCUGAACAUAGAUGACCUAGAAAAUAACUCCAUUACUUCAAAGUACACUCUGGUCUCUGAAGAACCAAUGAUAGUGUUAGCAGGACCAUCAACAAUGUCAUUAAAUAAAGUAUUCCCUAGUAACAAAGAAACCCCUCCUAUAGGAGCUGGGCUCACGCAGCCUGAUAGCCCUGGCAUUUACACUGCUACUGAGCCAGUGAUCUCAGCAGGGGAAGAAGUGUUUGGUUCCAGCCAGCCAGAGAGAAUGUCUCCCGAAAGCCGACUUUCCAAGGCCAUGUUAACCAACCCUAUCACUCCAACUGCUUCUCUGAAUAUUGAUGACAAGGAGGAACCCUCCCGUAGUACCAUCAUUCAGCCCAUUGUGGAAGGGACCACCGAAGCAACCCAAGGUUUUCUGCACUACGUGGAUGAUCAAUUGUUUGCAACUGAAAAUCAGGCAGGAGUUAGUCUGGGACAUUCACCUUUAUCCUAUGUGAAUGCUAAAGAGAUGCUAACCACCCGUCCAAGGACUGAGAAAUUUGAAGCAGACCCAGAGCAUAAGACAACUUCUUUUCCUGGUGUUGAGCCCACAGCAGGCGCUGAGCCUUCCCAGAUGACAGCUGAUAAUACCCAGGCUGCUGCCACCAAGCACUGGCUCGCAACCUCCGAGUCCACCCUGAGAGUUGAGCCAGAAACUGACAGCCUGCUGGGAGCCCCAGAAGUCACAGUGAGUGUCAGCACAGCUGUUCCAGCUGUCUCCGUCGUAAGUGUUGAGUGGGAUGACACCAAAUUAGAGAGUGUAAGCCAGAUAAAGACCCCAAAGCUUGGAGACAAUACAGAGACUCAGGCGAGCAUGGAAACGUCUCAGACAACCCAAGCAACCAGUAAUGGUAUGGAAGGCGUGGAAGGGGGCGAAACUUUGACAGAGGCUGCAGAUGUGGCUCUGAGGCUGCCUGAAGGGGAAGCACACAGGGGAACAGCCCUGCUAAUAGCACAUGGGGAUGAGAGAUCAUCUGCCUUCACCGAUCAAAGUUCCUUUACUCCCACAAGUCCAGUGGAAGGUAUGAAAGUCUCUGUGGAAAACCUGGUCCAAAAUACUGCAGACUUCAUGGAAUCCACCAAGGAGAACAAUGCCAGGCUGUUCUUAGAGACCACUGUUUCCAUCUCAGAAUAUGAGUCUGAGGCAUAUCAGCCAUUGGGAAAUACAUUUAAAGACAUCAUUACUCAAGAGAUGACAACAGCUGUUCAAGAAGCAGAAGCCAGUUUAUCUUCAGUGAUGCAAGAGCAGCAGGUUUCUACCCUCGAGGUUACCAGAGGAGAUGUCGAGACUGAGGGAGGGAAAGAGUUGCCCUCUGCCACAGCUGAUGCUCCUGGUGUUACUCAGCUGUCGAGAAGAUGGGAGCCUCUGGCCACUGGGGUUUCAACGACACCCGUCCCUCUGUCUUUCGAAGUUACUCCCGCUGUAGAAGACCUAAUGGACACAGUCACAGGGCCGAACGAGGAGUUGUUCACACCAAUUGUGGGUUCUCCAGUGACGCCCCCUGGGAUGAUGGAGGAAGCACCUAGCACUUCCCCAGCGCUUGCUGACCCUGAGGCAUCUUCCGAGAGAAGAACAGCUGCUCCAUCCAUUAGCUAUGUUAAUACAGCUGCCUCCUAUGGUCUGGACCAACUCGAAUCUGAAGAGGGAGAAGAAGAUGAGGAUGAAGAAGACGAGGAGGAGGAAGAUGAGGAGGAUAAAGAUGCAGACUCCCUGGAUGAGACCUUGGGUGGUGACACCGAGCUGCCUGGGUUUACUCUCCCUGGCAUCACGUCUCAGGAACCUGGCUUAGAGCAGGGAAACGUGGUCUCUUUGGAGGGAGCCACCUACCAGGUGCCGGACACCAUCGAGUGGGAACAGCAGAGUCAGGGCCUGGUGAGAAGCUGGAUGGAAAAACUAAAAGACAAGGCUGGCUAUAUGUCUGGGAUGCUGGUGCCCGUAGGCGUUGGGAUAGCUGGAGCCUUGUUCAUCUUGGGAGCGCUCUACAGCAUUAAGGUUAUGAAUCGCCGAAGGAGAAAUGGCUUCAAAAGGCAUAAAAGAAAGCAGAGAGAAUUCAACAGCAUGCAAGAUCGAGUAAUGCUCUUAGCUGACAGCUCUGAAGAUGAAUUUUGAAUUGGACUGGAAUUUAAUUGGAAGAGUCAACGACCUUAUUAUUUUAUUUUUUAUUUGGGGGCAAAAGAAAAGAGAACAACAUUCUGCCAUACUGGGGCUGUCAGGCCAUCAGUUUCAUUAUCUGCUGGGUGGUAGAUUUUUCUUGUACUGAGCAGAAAAGGCAUGCUGUAUAUGAACUGUAAUAUGCAGUAUUUGUUUUUAUUCUGUAGUGAAUUUUCCACAACC